AUGUUCCAGCCUAGUUUGGCGGACAUUUUCCGAGACUGGAUGAUUUCGACCAAUGUCCCCUUCAGUACCGUGAAUCGCCUGCUUGUAUCAUUGCAGCAUAAGCUUCCUGAACUGCCUCGAGACGCGUGGACACUGAUGGGAACACCCCGGUCAUGUCCAACCAGAGAAGUCCCCCCAGGAGAAUACAUCCAAUUGGGCAUUGCGAAAGGGCUUCGCUGGAUUGUGUCGAUGUACUUGCCACCCCAACCUCAUAUUAUCCAUUUACAUAUGAAUGUAGAUGGGAUGAAGCUGCACAAUAACGGUACAAUCGUAAUCUGGCCUAUACUCGCACGUAUUGUGCGGCCUUUGACUAGCCCGGUACUCCUUGGUGGGCUUUAUGGAGGAGUUCGUAAACCCGAGGCCGUUUGUACAUACCUGCAUGACGUAGUACAGGAACUGGAAGAGCUGCGACUGGGAGUUGUCGUUAAUGACCUGCAUCAUCAGGUCGUGUUGGAUGCAAUUAUUUGUGACAAGCCGGCACGCUCCUUCGUCACACGAAUGAGAAGACACAAUUCCUACUAUGGUUGUGAUAAGUGCUGCAUAAAGGGACAAUACUUCCAAACGAAGAUGACGUUUCCAUAUGGGCAGCAUGUUCUGCGAACUGACAACAGUAUACGUCGGGAUACUCGGAACAGUCCGUCUCCAUUCUUUACGUUACCGAUCGAUUUCGUUCAUUGCUUUCCCAUAGAUUAUAUGCACGCCGUAUGUCUCGGUGUUGUCCGUAGAUUAGUUUCCAUUUUCGUCAACGGUGAUCGACCCGUACUUAUCGGGUCUGCUGGCUUGAACAGGGUAGAUCGCAUGAUUCGAAAUAUACGUGCCCAUAUGUCCGUGGAAUUCCCGCGUAAGUGCCGGGGAAUUACACUUUACAAACAGUGGAAAGCGACUGAGUUUCGUCAGCUGCUGUUUUACAUUGGUCCCAUUGUGUUUAAGGACAUUCUUCCCCAUGAACCGCUGCUGCAUUUACCGGAUGACGUCUCGUCUCACGGGCCUCUGGACAAGUUUUCAGCAUUCCCUUAUGAGUCUUACAUGUUCGCACUUAAGCGUCUUGUACAAAGUCCCACAUAUCCUGUUAGGCAGAUUUAUAAACGCCUGCAGGAGUCAGGAUCGUAUCUCACAAACGCCUCAGGUAACCAUGCCGAUUGCGAUGCUUACAGUCUUGUGAAGUUCCAUGAACAAGGCCUAUGGCAGUGUGCAAUCCUCAGUUCUUCAUGGAUUGAGGGUAACUGCUACAUGGCCAAAGGUUCACUCGAAGGACUUUCAU